CCCCCGCUGCCGUCGCGGCCCCGCGAGCGUCACCCGCGGGCCGUAACGUCCCGGCCCGACUGAGCUGCCCCGACGCCCCGGAGGGAGGGACCCGGAGGAGAAGGGCAGCCUCCCCUUUCAGCCCUGUCCAGUGUUAGGCUCCCGAAGCGUCGUGGAGGAGACAGAAACGGAGAGGUGGAAACAGAACCCAGGGGAGGGAGGAACUCCGUGCGACUUUCCUCCUCUGCAAACAGCCCGAAGAUGAAAUGGCGUCUCGUCCCGUCGCUGGUGAAGGCAGCUUUGGAAGAAAGCCUGGCCAUUGUGGAGACCCAGACACAUUUCUCUUCCAUCUUUCCUUUUAAAGGAGGCAGUAAGAGGAUUCUUCAUGAGAAAAUGCUGCAACUGAAAGCUGGAAUGCAGCAGCCCCUAGAGAAGGGACCUGCUGAGAGGAGAGUGGGUGAGCAGCAGACUCAGCCAGAGGAGACAGGGUCCUCCGCUGUGUCCCACAGCAGGAAAUGCCAUUCCUUGAUCCAGGAUCAGGCUCGAGAGUUGACCCACCUGCGGCAGAAGAUGAGAGUGGGGAGAACUUUCUCUUCCCUUCUCAUUCAGCAUGUCAGGAACACAGUGAAAACCUUUGAGGAGCUCCUCAGCAGCAAUAAAAUUGACCACUGCAUGGAGCAACGCUUCCAUGAGCAGCUGGCCAAGGGGAGCCAGCUGGCAGAGAGCCUUGCCAGCAAAUUCAGCACAGAUGACUGCACAAGUGAGAAGAAUCAAACAGGACACAUGCUGCGGACCCUCAGUAUCUUAAGGGAGAUGCAUACAAAGGGUAAAGUGCCAGAAGCUCUAAAGACCAAACAGCAGGCCCAGCCCCAGACUCUGCCCCAGAUCCAGUCCAGCAGCCAUGCCCAGUCUGCUGCCGAUCACUCCUCCAGCAGCACCUCCCUGCUUCAUGAAGAGCAAGAAGUACACCCUGCAGUGGCUGUGGCCAGUGAGUACCCAGACAGCAUCCUGUUGCCAGGUGCUUGCUCCUUUGUCUACACCAAGAAUGUCAGCGCAGCCACUCCUGCUGAUUCAGCAUCACUGCUCAGCGACCAUUCAGAUGCCAGAUCCGCCCAGCCCUCCUAUCCUCUGAGUGGCACCACACAACUGAGUGGGACACCAGAACCUGGGUACCAUGGCAGCAGUGGCCCAUGGGAUGAGACGAGGCCUCAGAAAAUGAACGCGUCUGGGUGCCUCUCCUCCUUCUCCUCAUUGUACCGACCCGACUCCAAGCCUUCUGGGGCUGACCUACUGGAAAAGAACCUUGUUGAGAUCCAGAACCUGCGCCAGCGCCUGGAGGAGUCUGUCUACAUCAACGACCGCCUGCAGGAGAGGCUGGGACACGUGCUCAGCAGUGCCGAGCGAGAAAAAACAGUACCCAGUUGCAGAAGCAAGCAGAAGAGGCUGGAGAGUAAAAAAAUUGCCCAGCCCCACACGGGCCAAAAUUGCAGUGCCCAGUCAGCUCCAGAGGUCUCCCCGGCCACCCCUCACACAUGCGCUCAGAGUCACUCUUGCUGCUGUGCUCAGGACACCUUGUGACAUGAUGUCUGGAGGAUCCGGAAGAACGUUCUCCAGAACUUUCCCUGCCCUGUCAACAGCAUUCUUGGGUGUGAACUUGGAGGCAUCGACAUUACCUUUAAAUGAAUGGAUCAAAUUAAUAAAUUCUUAUUUAAAAAUUA